AUGGCGUCCGUGAAGCUCGCCGCCGCCGCGCUGGCCGUCGUGCUCGCGUGUGCUGCGCUCGCCGCGACGCCGGCGGCGACGUAUGCGGAGUACCGGCCGGAGCCCGAGCCCUGCAAGACGCAGGCCAUGUACUUCAAGAACUGCCUCCGCCUCGGCCACUGCGAGAAGUGCUGCUUCGGGGUGGUGGCCAACCCGGCGUGCUACUGCGAGGUGGAGCGGGAGGCGCUGAUCGAGUGCGCGCCUGGCCACCACUGCAGUCGCGCCGACAAGAAGGUCAAGAUCGCCGAGAUGAACCUCCCCUGCCUCAGGAACCUCACUUGCAAGCACGCGUGA